AUGCAACCAUUCAUACACGAAGCUGGUAAUUCUCAUGCCAUGGAAAUGGCUAAAAAGGCCCAAGAGACAGGAAUCACCACAAUGUUCAACGAUGACCCUAAAGUUUCCGUUGACACAUUUGAUUUCUACAAAAAGUAUACAUUUUUUCAUCCAGAGUCCAAUGAAGAGGACGCAAAGGCAUUUGCUACAUUGGUGAGAGAGUGUGUUCAUUUCGAAGUAGAAACUGUUGCCAGCAUGCUCACUUUCGGCCUUGACCUCAACCUUGUUUAUCCUCAGGUAACUCUUUCGUAUAUGUUCAGGAGUUGCAGAGCCUUGCUCAAAGAUAGAUAUGCAGAUAAGGGUGCCGACGAAGCACUCGCCGAACAGUUUGCGAGAGAUCUUGUGCAGAACGUAUAUUCCUUCAUUCAGGGCAAGCUUGAUCUCCCAACAAUGAAAUGGGAAGGAGUCUCGGCCAACCUUUUAUAG